GUAGGUAGGGUUCAGGUAUAGUUUUUAGUAUUUAAUUAUCGCAAGGCGAGUAAGGAAACAUGUCCCACGCCGGCUCAAAGAAAAGAAAAUUAGACAAACCCGCUGAGGAUAAGCUGUAUUUUGAGAGCUAUGCGGAUGUGAGUAUCCACGAGGAGAUGAUCGCGGACACUGUGCGCACGGACACGUACAGGAAAGCCAUCUUUAAUAAUAAAAGUCAGAUCGAAGGGAAAGUUGUGCUGGAUGUGGGUGCAGGCACCGGGGUGCUGAGUGUGUUCUGUGCCCAGGCCGGGGCCAGGAAGGUGUACGCCGUGGAGGCCAGCUCCAUAGCAGAGCAGGCUGAGAAAAUCAUCAAGCAAAAUAAAGUGGAGGACAAAGUAGAGGUCAUUAAGGGUGCUCUGGAGGCUGUGGAGCUUCCUGAGCAGGUGGAUGUAAUAGUGAGUGAGUGGAUGGGUUACGCCCUGCUCCAUGAGUCCAUGUUGAACUCUGUGAUCUCCGCUCGGGAUCGGUGGCUCAAACCCGGAGGCCUGAUGCUCCCCGAUAAAGCCGAGCUCUUCAUCGCACCCAUAAACGACCUGGUCGUGGAGGAACGUCUCAACUUCUGGAGCACGGUGAAGAGCCAAUACGGAGUGGACAUGUCCUGCAUGACGGACUUCGCCCGGAGGUGCAUCAUGGCGAGCGCGGAAAUCACCAUCAAGCCCGUGACCGUCGAAGACGUCUUGUCUCACCCGGUCAAAUUCGCAGAGCUGGACCUCAACGCCGUGAACCUGGAGCACCUGAGCUCCGUCAAGGGACGUUUCCGCUGCCUCUGCUUCGGCUCGGCCGCCUUCAAUGCCUUCUGCGUGUUUUUCGCCGUGACCUUCCCGGGGUCCAGACAUCCUCUAGUCCUGUCCACGUCCCCGUUCAAACCCGAGACGCACUGGAAACAAGCCGUGCUUUACCUGGACCAGGCCGUGGAGGUUGUGCAGGACACGCUGGUGGAAGGAGACGUGCACAUGUAUCCGUCUGAGGAAGGUUCUAGACAUAUAUGCAUCCACGUGGACUAUACGGUGGCGGAAGAGAAGAAGAAAUCGAAGACGUUCGCUAUUUCAGAUGGAUCUUCAUACGCAGAGCCUUUGUAAGCACAGAGUGAAGGUUGUGAGCUGGAAUUCAGAAGGUUUAUCAUGGAGUAUGUAGAUUUUAAAAAAGUUCAAGCAAGGACAUGCAAAAAAAAAAAAAUAAAGCAACCAUCUAAGUUUAAGAAAUGUUUUGGAGUUUUCUUCACUUACAGGUUUCUAAAGUGUGAACAUGCCGAAAGCCACGAAUGUGAAUGGAUUAAAACACUGAAUCAGUUACUCCAAAAUUCUGCAGUGGUUCAUUUAUUUAUUUAUUUAGUUUAUUGAAAGAUCUGAUCUUUCUACACAGGUUUAUUAGCUUCUGUUUAUUUUAUUGUAUGUUUAUACAGACACAAGGAAUUUUCGGUAGCGGCUGUCUGAGACCCUCAGAAGUACAGACAUAAAAUAAUUUAUU